AUGGAGGAAACGGCAACCUCACGAUCCAAUGGCGACAAGAAAUUCACCGGCACACAGGGGGAACCCCUGAGUGAGAGACUCCUGAGUGAGAGACUCCUGAGUGAGGGACCCCUGAGUGAGAGACUCCUGAGUGAGGGACCCCUGAGUGAGAGACUCCUGAGUGAGGGACCCCUGAGUGAGAGACUCCUGAGUGAGAGACUCCUGAGUGAGGGACCCCUGAGUGAGAGACUCCUGAGUGAGAGACUCCUGAGUGAGAGACUCCUGAGUGAGAGACUCCUGAGUGAGGGACCCCUGAGUGAGAGACUCCUGAGUGAGGGACCCCUGAGUGAGAGACUCCUGAGUGAGAGACUCCUGAGUGAGGGACCCCUGAGUGAGAGACUCCUAAGUGAGAGACUCCUGAGUGAGAGACUCCUGAGUGAGGGACCCCUGAGUGAGAGACUCCUGAGUGAGAGACUCCUGAGUGAGGGACCCCUGAGUGAGAGACUCCUGAGUGAGAGACUCCUGAGUGAGAGACUCCUGAGUGAGGGACCCCUGAGUGAGAGACUCCUGAGUGAGGGACCCCUGAGUGAGAGACUCCUGAGUGAGAGACUCCUGAGUGAGGGACCCCUGAGUGAGAGACUCCUGAGUGAGAGACUACUGAGUGAGAGACUCCUGAGUGAGAGACUCCUGAGUGAGAGACUCCUGAGUGAGAGACUCCUGAGUGAGGGACCCCUGAGUGAGAGACUCCUGAGUGAGAGACUCCUGAGUGAGAGACCCCUGAGUGAGGGACCCCUGAGUGAGAGACCCCUGAGUGAGAGACUCCUGAGUGAGAGACUCCUGAGUGAGAGACUCCUGAGUGAGGGACCCCUGAGUGAGGGACCCCUGAGUGAGAGACCCCUGAGUGAGAGACUCCUGAGUGAGAGACUCCUGAGUGAGAGACUCCUGAGUGAGGGACCCCUGAGUGAGGGACCCCUGAGUGAGAGACCCCUGAGUGAGAGACUCCUGAGUGAGAGACUACUGAGUGAGAGACUCCUGAGUGAGAGACUCCUGAGUGAGGGACCCCUGAGUGAGGGACCCCUGAGUGAGAGACCCCUGAGUGAGAGACUACUGAGUGAGAGACUCCUGAGUGAGAGACUCCUGAGUGAGGGACCCCUGAGUGAGGGACCCCUGAGUGAGAGACCCCUGAGUGAGAGACUCCUGAGUGAGAGACUCCUGAGUGAGAGACUCCUGAGUGAGGGACCCCUGAGUGAGGGACCCCUGAGUGAGGGACCCCUGAGUGAGAGACUCCUGAGUGAGAGACUCCUGAGUGAGAGACUCCUGAGUGAGGGACCCCUGAGUGAGAGACUCCUGAGUGAGAGACUCCUGAGUGAGGGACCCCUGAGUGAGAGACCACUGAGUGAGAGACUCCUGAGUGAGAGACUCCUGAGUGAGGGACCCCUGAGUGAGAGACCCCUGAGUGAGAGACCCCUGAGUGAGAGACCCCUGAAAUGA